GCCCAUGCUUGGCAGGGAGAGAGAGCGAGUGUGUGUGGUUGGCAGGGAGAGAGAGAGACAGACAUAGAAGAGUGCUAGCAGCAGUUCAGCGCUUCUGAAUGUGAACAGAACCUAGAUGAAAGAAGAGGAAGAUUCCUACUGACAAUAAUCUGCUGGAUGAUUCUCUCAACUGAGCUGAGCGCUGGAUGUUCUGACUGCUGUUUGGAUGAAUCACCUGUUUCUUCUUAUUAAGGCUAUUUCUCAGGCAUCGCUGGAGAUGCCCUUUUAAGUGCAUUGAGCUGGAGACAGAGCGCUGAGAACAGAAGGCACAGAGAGAGAGAGAGAGAGGGACAUCCAACUGAGUAGACCCCCCCUCCCUCUUCAAUUUACACACCCACCUACCCUGAGUCUUUACAUCAGAACAUUCUUCUCUCACCCUUUCCUGUCUUUCUCUCUCUCUCCCUCUCUCUCUCUCUGUGUGCCUUUCUGCACAACGGCAUUACAGUCUAUUUACUGAGGGUGAAAAGGAGGGAUUCUACCACCCAACAAUCCUCAACCAUGGGAGAUAAAGGCACAAGGGUAUUCAAAAAAGCAAGUCCCAAUGGAAAGCUCACAGUGUACCUGGGGAAGAGGGACUUUGUGGACCACGUUGACCUGGUGGAACCCGUAGACGGCGUGGUGUUGAUAGAUCCGGAGUACCUGAAAGAGAGAAAAGUGUUUGUGACGUUGACAUGCGCCUUCCGUUAUGGACGUGAGGACUUGGAUGUUCUGGGCUUGACGUUUCGAAAGGACCUCUUCGUGGCCAACAUUCAGGCCUUCCCUCCAGUGCCCGAAGACAAAAAGAGGUUAACUCGCCUUCAAGAACGCCUGAUCAAAAAGCUUGGGGAACACGCUCACCCUUUCACCUUCGAGAUUCCACUGAAUUUACCGUGCUCAGUUACCCUGCAGCCUGGACCCGAGGACACAGGGAAGGCCUGCGGGGUUGACUUUGAAGUCAAAGCGUUCUGCUCAGAGAACGUCCAAGACAAAAUACAUAAAAGGAACUCAGUGCGCCUGGUGAUCCGUAAGGUCCAGUACGCCCCAGAGAAGCCCGGCCCCCAGCCCAUGGCUGAGACCACCAGACAGUUCCUGAUGUCUGACAAGCCACUGCACCUUGAGGCCUCACUGGAUAAAGAGAUCUACUACCACGGGGAGCCUAUCAGUGUCAACGUUCACGUCACAAACAACACCAACAAGACGGUGAAGAAAAUGAAGAUUUCAGUGCGUCAGUAUGCAGACAUCUGUCUAUUCAACACAGCACAAUACAGAUGCCCGGUCGCAACAGAGGAGACAGAUGACGUGGUGGCUCCGAGUUCAACGUUUUGUAAAGUCUACACCCUCACCCCUUUCCUCAACAACAACCGAGAGAAACGUGGUCUGGCAUUGGACGGGAAACUGAAACACGAGGACACAAACCUGGCUUCUAGUACAUUGUUAAGAGAGGGAGCCAACAAGGAGAUCCUGGGUAUCAUCGUAUCCUACAAAGUCAAAGUGAAGCUUGUUGUGUCUCGAGGCGGACUCUUAGGAGAUCUUGCAACGAGUGAUGUCCAUGUUGAGCUCCCCUUUACGUUAAUGCAUCCCAAACCAAUCGAAGAUGCAAUCUACAGAGAUGCUGCAGACGAGGCGCCAAUAGACACAAACUUGAUAGAAUUUGACACAAACGACGAUGACAUCAUCUUUGAGGAUUUUGCGCGUCAGCGGCUGAUCGGAGCGAAAGACGAUGAGGAUGAGGAGGGUGCAGACUCUCCCAAGCUGAACCACAGAUAGAGGAGGGAGAUGGAAGCUGCUGUGUUGUUCCUGUGUUGUGGUACAGAGGAGCUACUGUGACUGGAGGAGAGAGGAAGACCCUUUAGAGUCCAGGGAGACCUUUUAAACACGCUCACAGUGGUGCCGUUGUCCUGUUCUUGUUCACAUUCGUCUUCUCCAUACAGCAAGGAUGUUAGAGAGAAAGUUUAGAGGAAAUGAGGCCUAGUCGUGGUGUGGUUUGAGGGGGGUGGACCUUGAGUGCUAGGCGUGGUGUGGUUUGAGGGGGGUGGACCUUGAGUUCUAGUCGUGGUGUGGUUUGAGGGGAGUGGACCUUGAGUUCUAGUCGUGGUGUGGUUUGAGGGGAGUGGACCUUGAGUUCUAGUCGUGGUGUGGUUUGAGGGGGGUGGACCUUGAGGUCUAGUCGUGGUGUGGUUUGAGGGGGGGACCGUGAGUUCUAGUCGCGGUGUGGUUUGAGGGGGGGUGGACCUUGAGUCAUAGGCGUGGUGUGGUUUGAGGGGGGUGGACCUUGAGUUCUAGUCGUGGUGUGGUUUGAGGGGAGUGGACCUUGAGUUCUAGUCGUGGUGUGGUUUGAGGGGAGUGGACCUUGAGUUCUAGUCGUGGUGUGGUUUGAGGGGGGGUGGACCUUGAGUUCUAGUCGUGGUGUGGUUUGAGGGGGGUGGACCUUGACGCCUAGUUGUGGUGUGG